AUUGACCAAUGGGAUGAGACUAGGUCUAUUUGAACGGUGAAAAGCGGGCUAGCAAACAUUCGAGAGGGAAACAAAGAGGGGUCAACAUCUUACAACUUUUGGACGUCAAAAAACUGGAAUUAGUAACUUUUUCUGAUCAGGCUACUUUGGCAAUCAUAUAAGGUCCCCGUCAUGUCUCACAAACAGAUCUACUACUCUGAUAAAUAUGACGAUGACAAAUACGAGUACAGGCAUGUCAUGCUACCCAAAGACAUUGCAAAGCGUGUACCCAAGACCCACUUGAUGUCGGAGACCGAGUGGAGGAACCUGGGAGUCCAGCAGAGCCAAGGAUGGGUGCAUUACAUGAUCCACCAGCCAGAGCCGCACAUCUUGCUGUUCCGGCGCCCUCUGGUAAAUCAGCCUAAAGUCAUAAGGGAGAGAAUUGCUGGGUCCUUGGAAGAUCAAUCUUGCUUGUCACAGAUCAACCCAAAAUAGGCAGUAUGCUGUCAGAUUGCCAAGCUCUUCUAUGGUAGGUGACUUGUGAUUUAGGCUUAUCAUGUUGGACCUGGAGAAGGACUACCAUAUUUAUGAACAAUGGUUGUGGAAUGGAGUAUGCGUUUGAAGGAAAGAGGAAAAAAAAAAAAAAAAAUCUUCGCCCUUCACUUAGGGAAAAGACUUCAAGGGUGUUAAGAGUGAUGUGCCGUCAGCCAGAAAAACAUCACUUAGUCUUUUUUUGUCCUAACUUAUCUGUCCAACUUGCUGAACCUGCUUGGCUAUUCCAGCUUUUUAGAACAAUUGUUGUAAGAUGUGGAGAGUGAACUUGUUCAAACCUUUGAGUAAUUCUAACAGUGUUUCUGGGUCAGAACAUAAGCCAAACUGAAUUGGGGAUCCUAAAUCAAGUUUGACUCUGGGUGUGGUUUAAAGUGACAUGUUGCUGCUUGGUUUAAAUGACACUAUAAAUUGGCAUUUAACACUUUUUUUCAUGUGUAUCAAAGACCGCAUCUGUAAGAGUCGCCUUGAAACUGCUUUUGAUCCCUUAAAAGCAUAUCAGUUUUGGCCUGCUUUAAAAAAUCUUUUCAAGGGCUCUGAUUGAUGUUGAGCUGCUCGGUAUUUAUGAUUGUGGUGCCUUUUCUGAAAUACAUGUAAACACUUUUUCUUUUUUAAAUCUUAUUAGUAUGGACUUUGGCAGUAUUGAGGGUAUACAACUACUGUAUGGUUACAGAGCCACUUGACACAUGAAGAUGCAUGUGAAAAUAAUAUA